AUGUAUGCGCAUCAGGUGCAUCUCCUGGAACACAAGCUGAGGAGUAAAGAGGAGCGUUUACUGGAAUUGGAGACAGAAAAUGCAAUUCUCCAUUUAAGGCUGGCAGAAUGUAUUGGAAAACUGCAUCAGAUUCCAGUGAAAGAAAAUAAUACACAAAAGAUUAACACGUGUAGCUUGACCCAGCUCCUGUCUGAAGUGCAGGAUUUAAAACAUGAGCUAAGUGAGAUUUUUGGAGUCUAUGUGACUUUUGCCACUGAGCUGGAGGAGCAGAGCAAGAUCUUGUUGGACAAAGUUUCCAAAGGUAGCGCUGUGGAUGAUGUUCAAAAUUUGCAGGCCAGAGUUACAGAACUUGAGCGCUCUCUGGAGGAGGAAAGAGAGCAGUGGAAAAAGGAAAGGCAAAGGAGAAAGGAGCUCCACAAUACUCUAGUGGAGCUGAGAGGAAACAUAAGAGUGCAUUGUCGAGUACGUCCCGUUCUUCCGUUCGAUCAUCUCCAACCCUCCACAUCUGGAUCAGGACACGCACCAGUGGAGGAAGUAAUUCAAGCAGUCAGUGAUGACACGGUGAUAGUGAACAGCAACAAAACAGGAGCGCAAAGCAAGAUUUUUGAGUUUGAAAGGGUACAUGCAGCGGAAGAUUCUCAGGAUGCCGUGUUUGAAGAAGUCAAACCGCUCAUCAGAUCAUUGCUGGAUGGUUACAACGUGUGCGUGAUGGCGUACGGCCAGAGCGGCAGUGGGAAGACUCACACGAUGCUGGGGCCCGCGGAGCUGCUCUCUGGGACGCAGCAGGAGGAGCAGCAGGAGGCGCAGCAGGGGGUGGUCCCUAAGGCUGCUGCACAUGUGUUCCGGCUGAUUUCGGAGCGGCCCACAGAGGGUCACACGGUGGAGGUGUCAGUGAGGGAGAUCUACAAUAACGAGGUGUUUGACCUGCUGUCCCAGGACGAGCACGGCGGUGGGGGACAGAGGCGCGACAUCGUGACCACUUCAUCAGGAGAGAUCCAGGUCCCGGGGCUGACGUACGAGCCUGUGAGCAGCGCUGCGGAGGUGAUGCAUUUUGUAACCAAAGGGUCAACACUCCGAGCCCACUGUCCGACCCGGAUCCACAGCGACUCCUCACGCUCUCACCUCAUCGUCACCAUGACGCUCUCGUCCAAAAGCCCCAACGCCCUGGCUUUGGCCCAUAGACUGCAGAGCGCUAAGAAGGACCUGCUCAGCUCCAACAGGAAGCAGUAUUGGAGUCCCCAAUGUCGCCGUGCCAACCCACUUGAUGAGCGUCUGUUAAGCCCCGCCCCCUCGCCUUGCCGCUCCCCUUCGCCCUGUCCCUCCCCUCGCCCCUGCAGCCCCCACUCGUUCAGAACCAAGCUGCAGCUGGUGGACCUAGCCGGCAGCGAGUGCGUGGGGCUGUCGGGGGUCUCAGGGCCAGCCUUGUGGGAGGUGUCGUGUAUAAACCGUUCUCUGUGUGCUCUGUCUGAUGUCCUGGGAGCCCUGGCUGAACACAGACCCCACAUUCCCUACAGAAACUGCAAACUCACACACCUCCUUCAGGACGCCAUAGGUGGCGAUGCAAAGCUCUUGUUGAUGCUGUGUGUUUCUCCCACUCAGCACUUUGUCGCUGAGACCCUGCAGUCUCUGGGUCUGGGGUCUCGAGCCCGGCAGGUCCACAAGACAGUUCCACGCAGGAAGAAUAACUCUCUUCAAGUUUAG